AUGCAGCUGUGGCAGGGGACCAUAGCAGCAGGCUAUGGGGACGGGCAGGUGUGUCUGUACGAAGCCAGUACAGGAACUCUGCACGUCCAGAUCAACGCGCACGCCCGGGCCAUCUGUGCCCUGGACCCGGGUCCCGACUACUGGGAAGAAAACAAAAACGGACCACUUUGGCUUUACCCUUGCAGACUCCACCCUUAUGAAGUGACGGCUGAUAUCACUCCUCACUUUGACUCUCUCUUCCUGCCAGAGGCUGACUCCUAUCUCACCCGGUUCACCAUCCCCCAGACAUACAAUUACUCUGUCCUCCUCGUGGAUCCUGCUUCCCACACCCUUUACGUCGGCGCCCGGGACACCAUCUUCGCUUUAUCUCUGCCCUUUUCAGGGGAGAGACCCCGCAGGAUUGACUGGAUCGUGCCUGAGGCCCACCGACAGAACUGUAGCAAGAAAGGCAAGAAGGAGGACGAAUGUCACAAUUUUGUCCAGAUUCUCGCCAUUGCCAAUGCUUCUCACCUCCUCACUUGUGGCACCUUCGCUUUUGAUCCGAAGUGCGGGGUUAUUGAUGUGUCCAGUUUCCAGGAGGUGGAAAGACUUGAGAGUGGCCGGGGGAAAUGCCCUUUUGAGCCAGCUCAGCGGUCAGCAGCUGUAAUGGCUGGGGGCGUCCUCUACACGGCCACUGUGAAAAACUACCUGGGGACCCAGUCGAUCAUCUCCCGGGCUGUGGGUCGUGCUGAGGACUGGAUUCGCACAGAGACCUUGCCAUCCUGGCUUAACGCCCCAGCCUUCGCUGCAGCCGUGGCCUUGAGCCCAGCCGAGUGGGGGGAUGAAGACGGAGACGAUGAAAUCUACUUCUUCUUUACGGAGAUUUCCCGAGCGUUUGACUCAUACGAGCACUUUAAGGUCCCGAGGGUGGCCCGUGUGUGCGCGGGGGAUCUUGGGGGCCGGAAGACUCUCCAGCAGAAGUGGACGACUUUUCUGAAGGCCGACCUGCUGUGUCCAGGGCCUGAGCAUGGCCAGGCCGCCAGCGUCCUGCAGGACAUGGCCAUUCUUCGACCUGCGCACGGAGGAGGGACCCCCAUCUUUUAUGGCAUCUUUUCUUCCCAGUGGGAAGGGGCUGCCAUGUCUGCUGUGUGUGCCUUCCGCCCACAAGACAUUCGGACGGUGCUGAAUGGUUCCUUCAGAGAGCUGAGACAUGACUGCAACAGGGGACUGCCUGUCAUGGACAAUGACGUGCCGCAGCCCAGACCCGGGGAGUGCAUCACCAACAACAUGAAGCUCCAGCAGUUCAGCUCCUCGCUCUUCCUGCCUGACCGUGUGCUCACCUUCAUCCGGGACCACCCACUCAUGGACAAGCCAGUGUUUCCAGCGGAUGGCCACUCCGUGCUGGUCACUACAGAUACAGCCUAUCUCAGGCUCGUGGCCCACAGGGUGCCCAGCCUCUCAGGGAAAGAGUAUGAUGUGCUCUACCUGGGGACAGGGGAUGGACACCUCCACCGAGCAGUGCAGAUCGGGGCCCAGCUCAGCGUCCUCGAGGAUCUGGCCCUAUUCCCAGAGCCGCAGCCAGUUGACAGUAUGAAAUUGUAUCAAAACUGGCUCCUGAUUGGCUCCCGAACUGAGGUGACGCAAGUGAACACAACCGACUGCGGCCGUCUCCAGAGCUGCUCGGAGUGCAUCCUGGCCCAGGACCCUGUCUGCGCCUGGAGCUUCCGGCUGGAUGCGUGUGUGGCCCAUGCCGGGGAGCGUGGAGGGUUGGUCCAAGACAUAGAGUCAGCGGAUGUCUCUUCUUUGUGUCCUAAAGAGCCCGGAGAGCACCCAGUGGUGUUUGAAGUUCCUGUGGCUACCGCUGCUCAUGUCGUCCUGCCAUGUUCCCCAGGCUCAGCCUGGGCAUCCUGUGUGUGGCACCAGCCCAGCGGAGUGACUGCACUUACCCCCCGGCGGGAUGGGCUAGAGGUGGUGAUAUCCCCAGGGUCCAUGGGCGCUUAUGCCUGUGAAUGUCAGGAGGGGGGGGUAGCCCGGGUGGUAGCCGCUUACAGCUUGGUAUGGGACAGCCGGCAGGGCCCCCCCAGCCAGGCUCACACAGUGGGGGCGGGACUGGCCGGCUUCUUCCUGGGGGCUCUCGUAGCAUCCCUGACUCUCCUCCUGAUCGGUCGGCGUCAGCAGCGCCAGAGACAGAGGGAGCUUCUGGCUAGAGACAAGGUGGGCUUGGACCUAGGGGUCCCGCCCUCUGGGACCACUAGCUACAGCCAGGACCCUCCCUCCCCCUCUCCUGAAGAUGAGCGUCUGCCCCUGGCCCUGGCCAAGAGGGGCAGUGGCUUUGGUGGCUUCCCUCCACCCUUCCUGCUUGAUCCUUGCCCAAGCCCAGCCCACAUUCGGCUCACUGGGGCUCCUCUAGCCACAUGUGAUGAAACAUCCAUCUAGGGCCGGGCAGGUGACCACUAGUGUAUGAGUGACCACCAGAAUGGAGUGACUGCUGGGACUCUGGGGGUCACUGGGCAUGGACAGUCAUCAUGGCGUCUGAGUUCGCCUUGGCCCUUGAGUGGUCACGUGAACUUCACUGAGGUCUGCCCUCUCUGGGCCUGAACGGGCUCAGGGCCAGGCCAUUGGCUGACUCCCAUGGGAGAUCAGAACUGCUCUUACAGUAAUCGGGACCUUUCCCACCCUUGUCCUCUAAACCCCCAUGACCCCUUCAGCCCACUCUCUUGGGCCCAUUAGUCUGGGGCUGGGGCCCAGGACAUCGCUAUGACUUUGCCUUCUGGUUGGGCCCUGGCCAGAAGGAGGAGCUGUGGAAGGGGCUGAGGGCUAAUGUGUGCUGAGUCCUUUGCUGUUUCUCCCAGUUUAUCUGAUUCUUUGUGGGGAGCGCAUGAUCCCCAAACUGCAACAUGGAAUCUCUCUGAUCUAAUCCACUGAGAUCUCCUCCCAAACCAGUCCCCCUUCUUCUGUGAAAAGCAUGUGUAAAUACAUGGGUGUUCGUAGGAGACCUGGCCACAAUUGCACGGGUGACUGGGCCCCUGCUCGGGCGUGUUCCCGGGGGGCCGACAGGGGCAGGUAGGAAUGCGGGCACCACCUGCAGAACUUGAUACCCUGUAGCCAGUGAAGGAACGGCUCUCCUUUCUAAAAGGAAACAAACCACUGCCCUGUCUCCAUCACCUCCCACAACUCUUCUGUUGAGUAGAGAAAAACUCCCAAAGUGACCUUCUGGGAAGGUGGGAAAGGACGUGAUACGUGUGACCCCAUCCUUCUCUUUGUUUUUGCCUCCUGGCUGCCACCACUGCCAUGCACAGCUCUCUUCCUCUGGCUGGACCCCUUCCCUUGGCUCCUAUUUAGAAUGUCGUGAAAUUUAUUGUCACUAUCAGGGGAUGACAGAAGGGGAACAGUCAUAGGGAAUACAAGCUACACAAAGAUAGGUUUGUGUCAGUGACUUUACUCAGGUUGACACCCUUGCUCUAAAGCCGGAGUUCACCUGGGGUCCACGGACUCCCUGAAACCAUAUGCAAAAUGCCUUCCGUACAUGUGUGUCUGUAUUUUUCUGGGGGUGGGGGGAGGGUUUGUGGCUCUCAUCAGAUUCUCAAGCCUUAAUGGAGUUAAAGGACCACUGCUCCAAGGUCACCAGGUGUUGGCCAGGCUGAGGUGGUGCCACUGAGUGGCAGUUCUUCCUGCCCCACCACACCUGCCCUGUGGCCAGCCCCUGGACGGGCAGCUGCAGGACACCCUCUUGUGUCUCCACUCCCUGGAAGGUGGGCUCUGCACAUCUUUGAAGGCACUGUCAAUUCGCACCAAACUUAAAGACCCCUUCCUGCUUCACGACUCCCAGAUGUUCUGGGCUUCUGCUCAGUUCCAGUCUUGGCCCGUGUAUGUGCCUCAUUCAUCCCUGGUCAGGGGCCCCCUUGAGCUCCGUGAGUGGUCCAGCCUUUCCCGGUUGACCUUUUCAGCUCCACUUUUCCUUGGCAGCAGCCUGUGAAUUACUCGAGAGUCCCCUUGGUUCUGGAUGAUCAGUGGUUUUACCACUAAUAAGCGUAUGAUCUUCGGCAGGUCAUCUAACCUAGGACAACGGUUCACUCCUUUGUAAAGCGGGGAUGGUAACACCUACCUCAGGGUUGCUGCAAGGGUUAAAUGAGAGAAUGUAUAAACAAUAAAGCACUGUCUAUUUCAGCAGAGGCUGUUAUUGUAAAAA